GAAAAUCUGAUGUGCUCUUACACCUAUUUGUGGGGCUGCUAUAAAUAGGCCCCUGCUGGCAGCACUUGUGUGUCUAUGAUAGGCAGUUACAGAGAUUUCCUUCACAGACUAUGGCUCCAAAGCAACAUUGACAACAUCUCGAUGCGGCUUUUACGUCGAUAACACCCUAAUAUUUGAGCCUCGACAAAUUGAGGACGUGAACACGGAGUAGUUUCCCGCUCUGGGUCAUACAUUUAGCAAAAGUUUUAAAUAUCUUGUGAAUUGUGCCAGUGGAAUAUGAAUUCCAGACGGCCAAUGACUCGCUCUUUCUCUGGCAAUGGGAGGACAAGCAGCUUCAGUGAAGAGGAGGGCAACUCUUCCAAUGGCCGCACAGAGAGCCGCAACCCGUACCUCUCCAAUGUCAGGCCGGAAAACAGCUAUUCAAGGUAUUCUCACUACAGGCCAACGAGGAGCACAUUGUGCAGCGUCAUGGCUCAGCUGACUGAGGACAUACAGCCAUCCUUUGACACCACCUUGAAAUCGAGGGCAGUGUCAGAGAACUGUAACGUGAAGUUCACCUGUGUGGUGUCAGGUUACCCAGCUCCAGAACUGAAAUGGUAUAAAGAUGAUAUGGAACUGGAUCGCUAUUGUGGACUCCCAAAAUAUGAAAUUGGCCGUAAUGGAAAAGCGCACACCCUCCAUAUUUACAACUGCACAUUGGAUGACGCCGCCAUAUAUCAGGUUUCAGCCAGCAAUAGUAAAGGCAUUGUCUCAUGCUCUGGAGUUUUGGAGGUCGGCACCAUGAACGAGUUCCAGAUUCACCAGAGGUUCUUCGCCAAGCUGAAGCAGAAAGCAGACAAGAAGAAGAAAGAUCUGGAGGAACACAGCAAGAAGAGGGAUAAAGAAAACACUGAACGUCCUCAACGGAAGCGGCAUAUCCCAGCAGAAAAAGAAAGGCCGGCGGUCCUGCAGCCUGAGGCUGAGGAGCAACUGGGAGCCGCAGCAGAACCUAAUGGUGUUUGCUCUGAAGUCAAGGAAAUAGUCACUGUGAUGUCCAAAGACCCGGAUGAGAAAUCCCCAUCUGAGGACACCUUUGCCAAAAAGAAAAUAAAGAUCACGAAUGGAGUAGAUGCUGUGGUGGACAACAGCAGCAGACGCAGCAGCAGAACCAACAUGAUGGGGGUUGGGGGGGAGAACUGUUACGAUGGAGGAAUGGGUCUGGCACAAUUUCUGGCAGAGACUCUUCAGUCUCAGGCUGCAGAGGAAAAUCACAGCUCAUCUCGAGGGGAGAAACCUAAAGAGAUGGAUAUACCUGUUGGAAGUGUAAGUGAGGAGAAAAAGGAGGAGCAAGAGAGGACGCAAAACAUGGUGGAAGCACAAGACAAAGUCUUGGAAGAAGGGUAUGAGAGAAAGAUGAGGAGAGAAGAAGAAAUGGCUGUUGAAGGCGAGAAAGAGAGGGAAAGUCUUUCAAAGACUUCACACACACAAGCACCGUACACAAAACAUAGAUCGGAAGUCAAACAACACAACAAGGCGCAUAAGGAUCAUGACCAACCAAACAUCCAGGCAUCCAUCUCCUCGGUGCUGCACACGGUCAAAGACUUCUUCUUUGGUAAAGCCAAGAAGGACUCUCACGAUCACACGGAGAGCAAGAAGAGGGAGUUUCCCGACUCGCAUGCCUCGAUGCUCCCGUCAUUUGGGCUGCAACCAGAACAAAAUGAAGUGCCCGUGCUUCUCACAGGAGACAUUGUGUCCAUGGAAGUAGAUAAACCAAAAGAGCUUUCAGAGACUGUGGAUACAGAACAACCGUCACACGAGCCACGUGAACAUAAGCAUGAAGACCCUGUUCCACGCACGGACCAGCCACUAGCUCUUAAAUUGUCACCUGGGAGGGUCGACGUGUCCACGGCUGAUGCCACCGAGGAGGCCAUGGAGAAGUCUUUGAGUCACGAUGGCAGCAGUCCAGGUGAAGAGGUCCUUAUCGAGGCUGAAGUCAAAGAAUCUGUUAUAAAAGAGGUUCCUGUACACCAACAAAAGCCAGAUUGCCUUGUAGUUUCCCCACUGUCUAAUCAGGAGAAUGUAAGAGAUAAGUCUUCAUCCAUGGAAGAAAUGCCUGUUGCUCCACAGACCCAAGACUCCUACAAAGAGAAAUACUCCUUCACAUCCACCCCCAAUGGAUUGGAAAACAGCUGGACUUGUUCUCACAAUCUUAUCUCUAGGUCAAACUGCCUCAACUGUGGAGAGGCACCCAAUGAAACUUCACAAGAAGAAAAGAUGAGCAUUGAUAAGACAGGCCAAGAAGGUGAACCUGAUAGCGAGGAGGACAGCUCCAACAAUGAGCUAUGUGAGGAAGAGAAAAGGAAUUCAGUCUCACAGACAUCUCAGAUUACUGAGUUAACCACAUGUUCACUGGAAAAGAGAACAGAGUUAUGCAAAUCUAACACCCCAGAUCACAUUCUUUUGUUGCCGCCUACUGUAGCAGCAUACGAUGUAGAGCGGGGUGAUGUAAAAGAACAGGCUGAAUGUACUUCACUUAUUCAGGAAAUUAAUGUAGGAUUUCCAACCACUGAUUCUCCGCAGAGUUUAGAGAAGGGUGACCUAAAAAUGCUGCAAGGAUGCACUUUUUCUUUAGGAGAGCAAAGCACACACGUCCACAAUAUCAACGUGAUACAGAGUUCAAACAAAGGUUUUCAAGGCAGUGAAGAGGAAAUCAAACUGAAAGAUGUGUUAAUUUCUGCAUUAGAUGUAGAAGUACACUCUGGUAACAAUCUUAAACCCCAAGAGCAAGUCAUUUUAGAAGCUCAGAACGCAGAAGAAAUAAAUCAGAGUUUAAAGUCUGAAGUGGAGAUAGAAAAGAAAAAUCAAGUGAAAGAUGAGUUGAAUGAAUCAAAGAGCCUCUCGGUAACUCAAAUCCAAAAGGGUCAUGUUUUGGAGGAUUACAAUAAGGUUGCAAAUGAAGAGAGCAGAGAGAGACAGCAGGGUCAGCCAUCACCAAACCUCCCACAAAUCCCAAAGUCUACUAUUGAUGACAACCCAGAUAUUAAACCACCUGAUAAACAAAAUGAGCAAUUUGUAAUCCCCAAAAUCGAAAUAAUGGAACCGGAGCUAAAAGAGUGCACGCUGCCAGUAACUACUUUGGGAUCAAACAAGCAAGAAUCAGAUCCUGCCAAUUUAGAAAAACAUGAUACAGAUAGUGUGUCGAAGAUCAUAAUCCAAGACCACAGUGUCGUUGAUUCCACCAGCUUCCUGCCCAUGCAGAAAAGCAUGCCGAAUGAUACCAACCUCUCACUUGCAGGGAAUUUCAAGGAAGUUGUGCAAUUGUGUGACGCGACAAAAAGGCUUGAGAGAGAGCAGUCAUGUUUGAUAAGUAGUGAACAGCUCCCUCAGAUGGACUGUGCACCAAUUCCUGUUAUAAAUGUUUUGUGCACUGAUCACCAGGAGGAGGAUUUGAAUGUAAACACCCAUGUUUCUGAUACACAGCUGCCUUUAGAAACUCCAUCAGUGCCUUUCUUUGUGGUGCCACCAAUCUCUGUCACUUGUUAUGAAAGUGAUUCUGGAAACACACAAAAUGAGUGGAUGGAAACAGAAGCUUCAGCUGCCACGCAAAGGGGAACCAAGCCCAAUGUGGACAAUCAUAAUACAUCUGUGUCUGAAAAAACUCAAAGUGGAAAACUUGAUCUAGAAGAAAAAACAGAAAAAAGUAUAAAAGGAAACACUCCGUCUGUACUGUAUGAAGCUCCUAAUCCAGAAGUUGGUGACAAAGUGCCACCAUUGAGUAAAUCAAUCGAAGAUAACAUUGUCGCUGAAGUUUUGACUACAAACCACAUUAAAGAGGCCAAAAAAGAGAAUUCUGUGUCUGCUGAGGACCUUCAAAGAAACAGAUCAUCUGUUGAGAGACUCUGCUCUAAACCUCCGGCACAUCCGUCUUUAAGCCCGGCGAGUCUCCGUAAAUUCAUGUCUAAAACUGCUGCAGACACAGAAGUCGCCGCUGUGGGUGACCGGCAGAUUGACAAAGCCGAGGACGAUCUCAGCGGAGGCUCAACGCCAACGUCCUCCCUGUCCUGCGAGAGCAGUCCUCGUCUGAAGCGCAGAGACAGUCUGUCCCUCAUACGCUCUGCCACGCCCGAAGAGCUGGCCUCAGGAGCUCGUAGGAAAAUCUUCAUCUUCAAAACUAAGGAAGACGGAGAGGGAGCAGUGGUUGGCGCGCUGGAGACACAAGUCAGGAAGGAAAACCCCUACAUGUCACCCAGCCAGGCUCGCCGGGCAGCAUUACUGCAAGCUCCCUCGGGACAAAACACCCCACCAAUGGAGAGGCGCUCUCCGCUGCUGAGCCGCAGAAAGGCCACCUUGGAGGUGCCAAAAGUCGUGGAGCAGACUCCCACAGCAGAGCCUGUCAGCCCCAAACAAGAUGAGAAACCCACUGAAAAGAAACUGAACCCCUUAAAAGCUCCACAGGUCCUGCGUAAGAUCAGAGGAGAACCGUUCCCAGAUGCCUCCGGACACCUAAAGCUGUGGUGCCAGUUCUUCAACGUGCUCAGUGACUCCACCAUCAAGUGGUACAGAGAUGAGAAGGAAAUACUAGAAGUGAAGAGAAGUGGAGGAGAUGAAAGCCAAGCCGCACUGGUUAUUGUUCUGGCAUCCAGCCACGACUGUGGAGUAUACGGCUGUUCUAUCAUCAAUGAGUAUGGGACUGACACCACUGACUUCCUGCUCAGCACAGACAUUCUGUCUGGAAUACUACUAAAAGACGAUUUGGAAGGUUAUGUGGGAGAAGAGAUUGAGAUGACCCCGCUGCUGUUCAACAGAGGUCUCGCUGACUGUGGCAGUUGGGCUGCAAAGUACUUUGGCCGCAUUAUGACCGAGACGGUGCACAUCGGAGAGGGUUUUGCCCACAAAGCCAGCAGAGUGAAGGUCAUUUACGGCCUGGAUCCCAUUUUUGAGUCUGGAAGCGCCUGCAUUAUAAAGGUUCGAAGCCCCAUUGCCUAUGGGACCAUGCAGGAGAACAACCUCACAGAGAGAAAUCUACAAAUAACUAAGCAAGAAUGCAAAGUCCAAAACAUGAUACGAGAGUACUGUAAAAUCUUUGCUGCCGAAGCAAGAGUUAUUGAGAACUUUGGCUUUUCACUAGAAGUAAUUGCUCAAUAUCUCAUGUACCGGCCUGCAAACUCUGUGCCGUAUGCCACGGUGGAGGCUUAUUCCGAGGGUGUCUUCCUCACCUACUGUAUGAUAGAUCCUAACGGCAGGCUGAUCACACGAAACGUUUCUGAGGUGGAGCAGAAAUGCUGCACCUUUCAGCACUGGAUCCAUCAGUGGACACAUGGCAAUUUGCUGGUCACUCGGCUGGAGGGAGUCGAAACGAAGAUUACAAAUGUCAGAGUUGUGACCAAGUCAAAAGGAUACCAAGGACUAACGGAGCAGGGCUCUCCUGAAGUGUUCGAACAGUUCCAGACACACCAUCAGUGCAACUACUACUGUGGACUUCUUGGCCUGCGCUCACUUAAACCGUUGGAUAAUCUGCAGCAACCCACCAAGAUAAAGGGCUCCAGAAGCCCCCUUCUCAACCGCAAGUUGGGCUCCAACAGCCCCCAGCUGCAGAGAAAAGGAAACAGUCCUCAGGUGUCUAUAAAGGCUAAUCCUAGCCCAAAGGUGACUAGAAAAAAUGCAGAGACAGAGGACAAUAAAUCAGGCGCCAAACCCAAGUCUGCAGAAACUGUUGAUAACCUUGAAAUGAGGUAGAAAGAACCCUCUUUGUGAGUCAAGGAAUAAUUUACCGCUCGUAAUGAUAAAGUGUUACCUGUUUCUUUCCAGUUACCUAAGCAGACAAGAUCCACAAAGAAAGGAAGUGGGUUGGCUUGACUUAUCAGAAAGAAUUACUGUGAAUUUCUCCGUUGUCAUCACAAUCACAGUAACAAGACGUCCAACAAAAGCUUUGGUUUUAACUUGACUCAAAAUCGAAUAAGCUGUAUCAAUGGACAAAGAACUCUCCAUGAAAUAUCUGUGAACUUAAAAAAAUCCUUAUCACUGAAAAGUCCACUUUUUCUUUUCAAUGAACAUCUUUUUUUUGUUGGAUUUAAAUGGAGAAUGAACCCAUAAACACAUUAAACGCUGCUGGUUCAUCUGUGAUGUACAGCUUAAGAGGAGAACAUAAUUAAUUCAUGAAUUAAGUUAAUUAUAGAGACGUCAUGUUUGGCUUGCAUCAGAAAUGCAUAUGCAGUUUGUCCUGUGGAACCACAGCACAAUUUUUAGGUCAAAGAUUUUGUGUGCACGUUGUUUUUUGCAUUAUUUUAAGUAGUUUUAAGUACAUUGUCUCCGUUUUGUCUGUGUCUUUAAUAGGUACCAAUAAUAUUUCAGCAUGGCAAAUGAAAAGAAAUGUGCAGUCGGGGUUCAGCAUUACUCUUAACAAUGACAUGCCUAUUCUUAUUGUAUGUAAGUCCAUUAAUGAAAUAAAUGUGUCUUGAGUCUUUGUUAGGUCACAUCACAUCAGCAAUUUCUUUUUUUAAUAAAUAUGUUAAACAUU